AUGAAGUCGGUGACCGGUGAAAUCGUCUCAUCGACACCCGUCUCUCUACCCAAGGCAGCCUCUAUCCUCUCCCAAUUCGUCUCCGCCGAUACCGGCGCGUCCCAGGCCGUCAACGCGUACCUCCGGCGUGCCACCUCUGCUUUCGACGAGCUGGUCCGAUUGCACGCCAAAUCCUCGCGCAGGGCUCGAGAGAGUCUCAGAUCCGACGCUGCCAAACCCUCUGCACGUACCAUCACUUCCGUCAACACGGUCGACGAGAGAGUUCAACGGUCGAAGGAGACGGGUCGGGCCGAGUUGAACUUGGAAGAGCGAAAGAGGAAGAAGAAGAAGGAAGGAGAUCAGAUUGAGGAAGAGCAGCGUAAAGACGAGGGCAAUGUGGAUGAAGGAGAGAUGUCAAAUAAGAAGCAGAUGAAGAAGACGAAGAACAGCGAUCUCGGUACUUCAGGGGACGGCGAGAACAAGAAAGGGGUUGAGAUGAAGGGUGAAUCGAGCCAUGGGGAAGCUAGUUUAGGGGAUUUGGGUGGCGAGAGUGGUAAGCAGAAGAAGAAGAAAAAGAAGAAGGACAAGAGUAGAGAACUUGAGAAUGGCUAUGUUGGUGUUUACAAUGAAAAUGGUGACCAGGAAGAUGCGAGGGGGAAAACGAGAAUUAAGGAGGAAGAACAUAAGAGUGAUCGGCUGACGCAAAAGGAAGAGAAUAUGAAGAAGAGAAAGAGUGGUGAGAUUGAGGAGGAAAGGAGAGAUAACAGUCGUUCUGAAGAGCGGCCUAGAAAGAAGAAGAGGUCCAUAGAUUGA